AAUAAUUAUUUAUAUCGCUCUGUGAAAUAGGAAGUAAUGACACUCUUCUCAAGACAAAGAAGAAGCCAUUUUAGAUCAGAGCGGCGCUGCGUUUCAGUCGGUUCUCUUCUGGUUUCUGGUGUCUGAUCAUGGAUCUGCGUCGGAUCAUCCUCCCGGUGUUUCUGUUGUUUGUUGAGGCCGAGAACGUCACCGUAGUCAAGGCAAGGCUGGGUCAAAACGCCAUCUUUACCUGCUCAGGGGAAACUACAGACACAUACUGGUACACACAGAUAAACAGCCAGAUCAAAGGACCAAUCGCUCGGACCCUCGGUACAGAUGAUACCCAGUAUUACAUUAAUUCAACUUUGAAAACCAAAUAUAUUGCCAUGGGAAACAUAUUUGAGAUUACAAACAUCACAGCAGAGGAUCGCCGGCUUUACUUCUGUGCCAGAAAGGAACGAGGCAACAUCAUUUUUAAAGACACUUUUGUCCUCGUUUCAGAUGAUCCUAUAACUCCGUCCACCAACAACAACUCUGAAGGAAAUGACCAACAGCAGCAGUACAGCUGCAUAAUGUGCCAGAGUGACGUCGUUUACAGCUCGUUGGCUCUGAAUAUCCUCCUCAUCUUAGUGAUAAUAGGUUUGGUUUUUACUUUCCUGUGUUUGAAGAGGAAGAAGUGUAACCGUCAGGGGACUGAUCCGUCAUUUUGCAUCUAUGAGAACCCGCAGUACGAGGAGAUCCAGCUCAGAAAUUUUCCACCGGCUGUUGCUUCUUCAGAGACUGUUUACUGCUGGUCUCAGCUGCCUCCAAACCCCUGAGAGAAAGAAAAAGACAAAAACAGACUUCUAGUUGAGCCAGAAGAAAAUGUGGAGACCUGUCAAGUUGUUUGGGUUGUCCCGAUCUUGGAAAGACCGCCUUAAACAUGGUUUUUAAUUUUUUUUUAGUUUCUUUCUUCGGUCCAGUUGUUUGCAGAUGAUGAACUCCUAAAUAUAUCAACUCUGAAUCACAUACAUUCAAGUCUAAUGUUUCUCCACUUUUUGG